AUGGACCGCCAGUCAAACAUUGGCCCUAUAAACAACGAUAGCCUUCAAAAUAGACAUAUAAACUCAACCCAAGUACAACUAGACGAGAAAAAUUCCUUAAAUCAACACAAUGGUCAAUCUUCUUCGAUAAUGACACAACAAAAUUUACCAUUACGACCCACAUCGUCAUCCUCAUCGUCUUCUGCACCUUCAUUUACUUCAGGGCAGUCGCAGGGAAACCAACUACACAGAUCUUUUUCUAGCCGGAAAAGUUUCACCAACUCAAAAACAGAGCAGUCUUCCGUCACACAACUUGAAAAUAUUAUUUCUGCAUCUCUUCAACUAAGGCUUAGCCCUCAAAAGUUUCUAAAGCUGUAUAAUCAGCUACAAGAACGAGUUAAAAUUGACCCCAAAUCAACUUUAGAGGCGCUAUUUCAUUCACAGUCAGAAACACGCACUGUUGACACGUUAUUUCUUCAAUAUAUUUCAGCUUUGGCGUUUGAUUUUAAAUCCCCUUUAUCUUUACCUAAUCUGUUAUAUCAUCUUCGUUUUAUCCAAGCUCGCCCUCAAUCUUCGAAUGUCAGCACUGAUCUCAUACAGUUCUACGAGCCUCUCAUAUUUGUGACUCUUUCGAAAAAUCUUUAUUUAUGGCCAGUUCAAACCCCAAGUUCCAAAACAUCAACAAAUAGCUUAUCUCCACCAUCGCAACCAUUACGAAAGCCUCAAGCACCAAAUACCAAGAAGACAACUGACAUUUCUAAAAGUUUAAUAAUUGUCAUGAUUGCUAUCCUGGAUGACUGUUCUUCUCAAGUUUACCCCAUAUCUAGACAAAAGCUGCGAGCAUAUUCGUCAUUUCUUCUGGCAUUUGCACGCAGUGGACAUGCGGCUGUUGUUAUUGGCUCUAACAAAGAUGUUUUUAGAAAGGCAUAUGAUGCAUUUGAAAGCUCUUUCAUUAAAUUUACAGCAACCAUAUCCUCCAAAGAACCAGAUAUUGGAAAUGAGUUACAAAAAGAGUAUACUGCAGUAUUUGGCAAAGGUUUAAACUCAUCAUCUGCAGCCGAUUCUUUCACAAAACCUACUCGCAUUUUCAGAUUGAUAUGGAUUGACACUAUUUUUAGAUAUCGUCGUACAUCAUCUGUUCAAUUAAAUACCGAACUCGAAUACUUUUUACUCACUGAGUCAACACCUACUGUUGUAAGCGACCUUAUAGUGACGUCUUUUGAUUUACUUGCAGUAACAAUAAUAAGAAAAGAUCAGUCUCAUGUCAUUGCUAGUGCCAAAGCUUUUCUCACCAAACGACUUCCUCUUGCCAUUAAAUCUCUCAUAUUAAGCUCGCAAACCAACUUGACUCCGGAUCAAGUGGAGCUGGCUAUUUCACAAGCAUUUCUGUCCUUAAAUAAAGAUACUUUGGCCAUAGUUCAAUCGCACACUAAUUCAGGCGAUAAUUUUGACGAGAUGUUUAGUUCUUCAUACUCAGUUCCUGUCGGAGAUAUAAGAUUUGUGUUACUUCGAUCGCUGAUAAGCCUUGGAAUAGUCAGACAUUCUAUUUUGACAAAAAUAUUUAACAUGGAUGCAAAACAGGCGAAUGAAAUUCCAAUUAAUAAGGUUAACGAAGAUGCGUUGAAUAAUCAAGGUCUUAUAAUUGACUCUUCUAACCAUUCAUUUUUACUUUUUAAUAUGGUUAUGCUUGCUAACCAGGAAAAAGUGGAGUAUGUCUCAUUUGAAGAAAGCAGCAUCACAAAACUGGUGUUUCUGCUUGAAGAUCUGGAAGGCGUAUAUCAGGAGAGAGUCGCGCUUCAAAUAUUUAAACUUAUGGGGUCAUGGAUUGGAUCGAUGAAUACAAACAGCAUUGGCAGAUUAACACAGGCUUUUGUUUCUCGUCCUGUUUUUAUCGAUAUACUCUUUUUACAUGUUUCAAUGAGUAACUUUCUUUUGCCUUUAGUGAAACUUUUAGACGAUUGGAGCCAGGACGAGGAUGAAAGUAAUCUUCAAGAUUUAUAUACAGACUUCGGGUCUAUUAUUUUGUUUGUUUUGUUUGUCUUCGAUAGAUAUAAGUUGGAUCUCCAUGAUUUGGGAAUCAAGCCACCUGAACUUGUUCUUCCUGAAAAAAAUAACCCCAAAUCAAAUAGUAUCUCUAACCCACCAGUGUCAUUUGUUACAGCACAGAUCCAGCAGUCAAAUGUCUCUAUUUUAUUAGAUGAAAGCAGAAGUGAACUCGUGGGUGAUUGGAUAUCGGCGCUAUUUGGUGCAGAAGGUAUUUCUGAUGAACUAAUGCAAAGAUCUUCUGCCAAAGAACUAUAUUCUAUAGUUCCUUUGAUAUUUCAGCAGGCAAUUGAAGCUUGUGCUGCAAAGAUUAUUGAUUUAGAUACUUUGAAAGGUGGCUUAGAAUAUUUUUUACACUCCUUUUUAAUUCCUACACUUGUUCCAGCUAUUAGAUGGAUAUGCAACAAUAUUUGGAAACAACAUAACAUUCCAAUUCUACUUCAAGUGAUUCAAAGUUUGAUUUUUGCGGAAUGUUCGGGAGAUGCCCACAGGCUUCAACAGGCCGUACUGGCUGUUACUGGACGAGAGCUUAUUAUUUUGCUUAAUGGAAUCAAUUUGGCAGCUAGCCAAAUGGCCUCUGAAAACAAUCCCAAUGCAUCUUUAUAUAUUGUUGAACCUAAAGUAUUGUCUCUUCUUGAGAAUUUCUAUACUGGUUUGUCAUCUUCGGAGUUGAUUGUCUCCCAAAACACUAGUUUGGUAUCCUCUUUUGCUGAUCAAAUAAAGGCAUUGGUUCAAUGGUCUUCUUCAGAUUCGCCACCUCCAGCACUUCAAACGGACUUAUUAAUUUCGUUCAUCAAACAAAUUGGCGCUUCUAAAGUAUUGUUUUCUCUUUUAGAUCAGUUAGAUGAUUUCAAUCAGUCUGGUCUUCUCAGUGUUGCUAUUGAUGUAAUUGGAUCGUUUACUACAAUGCCGUUUUUAAUGAUCAACAAGUUUUAUCACCAAAAAUACGACGAAAAUCUUUAUCAUCUUAUAGUUGAAUAUACCCCAACAAGGAUUUCUGAGAUUCGGAAAGCAAUUAAAGAACGCAAGGAGGAACAAAUACUUUUAGAUCAGGCUGAGCAAAAAAGGACAGCCUUUAUUGCAUCUAUGUCUCGCAAGGGAAGCAAGGGUAAUCGUUCAAUUUCAGGCCCUAGUUUUCGUGGAAUUGCUAAUGGAAAAACAAAUGCAGCUACUACAGCAACAGCAGCAGCAGCAGCAGCGGCAGCAUCUGCAGCAGCUGAUCCUUCUAAAAAUGGUCAACAACAAAAGACUGGACAGGCUAGUGGAUUACCACAAGCGACUGGAGAUCCAACUAAAAAGGGAAUUUUGAAAGAAAAUACAAACGAGGAUUUAGGAACAGGGUUUGCAAAGCUACAACAACACAUUCAAUUUUUUCACUCAAGACGUAAAACCAUGGAGGCAGUAAUUACUCGCAGAUCUACUCAGACUCAAGCUCAAGCACAAGCACAAGCACAAGCACAGGCUCAGGCGCAAGCACAAGCACAAGCACAAGCACAAGCACAAGCACAAGCACAAGCACAAGCACAAGCACAAGCACAAGCACAAGCACAAGCACAAGCACAGGCUCAGGCUCAAGCUCAAGCGCAAGCCCAAUUGCAAGCCCAAGCUCAAUUACAAGCACAAGCACAAGCACAAGCACAAGCUCAAUUACAAGCACAAGCACAAGCACAAGCACAAGCCCAAUUACAAGCUCAGGCUCAAGCUCAAGCGCAAGCCCAAUUGCAAGCUCAAGCUCAGGCACAAGCCCAAUUACAGGCCCAAGCUCAAGCACAAGCACAAUUACAGGCACAAGCACAAAUGCAGAUGCAAGUUCCAACGCAAGUUCCAACGCAAGUUCCAACGCAAGUUCAAGGGCAGCCUCAGGCAUUUUUGUCCACGAAUAAUAAUUUUGCUAUGGGUGAAAACAGGAAUGGAAAUGAAAGCGCUGGAUCUCCUAAUCAGCAGCAACAGAAUCCCCAUUUAUAUUUAGACCACAACAUGUACUGA